AUGGAGUCGAAUAUUAACUAUAGAUACAGCUUUAAAUCUAUUUUUGCUCAAAGCUUGGCAUUGGCUGGACCUUGUUUCAUACAGACCGGGAUCGGUAUAGCGAUCACGUGUUCAACAAUAAUAAUUGGAGCUUUAGAUAAGGGCGAUAAGAGCAAAAACGGACUGCCGCCAUUGACAGACGAACAAGCGUCUUGGUUCGGUAGUCUUCUGUUCUUGUUCACGCCUCUGGGCAGCGCACUGUCUUCGUUAACGCUAGGCCACUUCGGUCACAAAACGUGCAUGAUAAUAACCAACGUGCCGUUCAUAGUGUCGCAGAUCAUGUUCUUUUACGCCAACAGUGUCGGGACAUUGUAUGCGUGCUCGAUGCUGAUGGGUAUUAGCGUCGGAUACUCGGGAGGUCCGUCUUCAGCCUACAUUGGGGAGGUGUGCGAGCCCAAGCUUAGGGGCGCACUAAUGUCGGCGACGAACGUCUUCUACUUCGUUGGUUCGCUGCUGUUCACAUUGGUAUACGCUAUCACAUUGGAAUGGAGGCUGACCGUGCUCAUCGGCAUGUCGAUCCCGAUCGUGACCAUCGCCAUACUGUUUAUGACGCCGCAAUCUCCAAUGUGGUUGUUGACCAAAGGCGAACCCUUAAAGGCUCAGAAAACGCUUGGUAAAUUGAGAGGAUGGCCGUCGCACGAAACAUUUUCAAGCAAAGAGUUCAGAGAAAUGAUAGCUUAUACGUCUACAACUAUGGUACACCGCGAAGAUGACGACACCGAGACAGACGAGAAAGGAGCAACGAGUUCUUGGGGACAACUCCUUCGGCCUGAAGUGUACAGACCGUUCCGUCUGUUGUUGGUGUACAUUUUUUUUGCGAAUUUAUUGUCUGGAAUACAGUACGGACCUUAUCUAGUGUCAGUGUUUACUGAAUUCGGUGCACCCGUUAACGUCGAGUUUACAUUAGCGUUUUCGGUAUUUUUAUCAACGAUUGGAGGAAUAAUGACGAUAUUUUUGAUCAGCAAACUCGGCAAACGAUUCCUUACGUUAUCGACGUUAUUAAUUUGCUCAAUUUGUUAUAUAUUAAUUGGAUUAAUCGGUGUGUAUUGGACGAACUCAAAACCUAUAACUUCUUGGCUGGUGUUAAUACUCUUUCUAACUACCACUUUCAUGUCAUCGCUUGGGAUAAUGCCUAUAGCAUGGGUACUUCUUACCGAGAUAUUCCCAAUGAAAAGUAGAAACAUUACCUGCAGCGCUGGAGGGGCAAUGGGUUACUUAAUAUCUUUCUUCAUGAUCAAAUAUUAUCUUGAGCUGUCCAACUUUGUGAACUUUUACAAUACAUUUACAUUAUUUGGUAUUUCGGGUUUAUUUGGAACUGUAUAUUUCUAUUUUUACUUACCAGAAACUGAAAACAAAACAUUACAAGAAAUAUCUGAAUUUUUCAAAUAG